AGGCAAGAGCCCAGACCUGCAGAGACAGUCCGAGACUGUCUCGGACCCCCUGACAGGCUGCAGCAGCCGCACCCGCACCAGGAAUACCCCACCAGUGCCCGCCAGGGUGGUGCCAAGGUCAGGCUUCCCCUUCCUACAAUCACAGCUGCGGCUGGACCUCCGGCCUCCUGGGAAGCCCAGCAGGAGGGAAGGCCUGAGGUCACACUGUGGGAUGAGGUCACCGCUGGCUCCACCCACAGCCCCAGACCCCUUCAGCCCACUCUGCAAGUUCGAGCUUCAUCCCCACCAAGUUCUCCGCUGGACCCAGAUGCCAGUGGAGCACAGAGCGGCCGCCAGGGGGUGCCUUGGGGCAAGAGUGGUGGGGGUUGUGGCUGGGCGGGUCUCUGUUCCUGGAAUGGGGCAGGAGGGAGAAGGAGGAGCCAGCGGAAGGACGGUGUGCGGGCCGGCCAGCCCUGGACGAAAGAAGAGGGCCCCUCCGGGCCAGUCUGGGCACCCUGGGAUAGCGGCCGCAGGCAUGGCCGACUCUGCACAGGCCCAGAAGCUGGUGUACCUGGUCACAGGGGGCUGUGGCUUCCUGGGAGAGCACGUGGUGCGAAUGCUGCUGCAGCGGGAGCCCCGGCUCGGGGAGCUGCGGGUCUUUGACCGACACCUGGGUCCCUGGCUGGAGGAGCUGAAGACAGGGCCUGUGAGGGUGACUGCCAUCCAGGGGGACGUGACCCAGGCCCAUGAGGUGGCAGCAGCUGUGGCCGGAGCCCAUGUGGUCAUCCACACGGCUGGGCUGGUAGACGUGUUUGGCAGGGCCAGUCCCGAGACCAUCCAUGAGGUCAACGUGCAGGGUACCCGGAACGUGAUCGAGGCUUGUGUGCAGACCGGAACACGGUUCCUGGUCUACACCAGCAGCAUGGAAGUUGUGGGGCCUAACACCAAAGGUCACCCCUUCUACAGGGGCAACGAAGACACCCCAUACGAAGCAGUGCACAGGCACCCCUAUCCUUGCAGCAAGGCCCUGGCCGAGUGGCUGGUCCUGGAGGCCAAUGGGAGGAAGGUCCGUGGGGGGCUGCCCCUGGUGACGUGUGCCCUUCGUCCCACGGGCAUCUACGGUGAAGGCCACCAGAUCAUGAGGGACUUCUACCGCCAGGGCCUGCGCCUGGGAGGUUGGCUCUUCCGGGCCAUCCCGGCCUCUGUGGAGCAUGGCCGGGUCUAUGUGGGCAAUGUUGCCUGGAUGCACGUGCUGGCAGCCCGGGAGCUGGAGCAGCGGGCAGCCCUGAUGGGCGGCCAGGUAUACUUCUGCUACGAUGGAUCACCCUACAAGAGCUACGAGGAUUUCAACAUGGAGUUCCUGGGCCCCUGCGGACUGCGGCUGGUGGGUGCCCGCCCAUUGCUGCCCUACUGGCUGCUGGUGUUCCUGGCUGCCCUCAAUGCCCUGCUGCAGUGGCUGCUGCGGCCACUGGUGCUCUACGCACCCCUGCUGAACCCCUACACACUGGCCGUGGCCAACACCACCUUCACCGUCAGCACCGACAAGGCUCAGCGCCAUUUCGGCUAUGAGCCCCUGUUCUCGUGGGAGGAUAGCCGGACCCGCACCAUUCUCUGGGUACAGGCCGCUACGGGUUCAGCCCAGUGACGGUGGGGCUGGGGCCUGGAGGCCCAGAUACAGCACAUCCACCCAGGUCCCGAGCCCUCACACCCUGGACGGGAAGGGACAGCUGCAUUCCAGAGCAGGAGGCAGGGCUCUGGGGCCAGAAUGGCUGUCCUUGUCGUAGAGCCCUCCACGUUUUCUUUUUCUUUUUUGAGACAGGGUCUUGCUCUGUCACCCAGACUGGAGUGCAGUGGUGUGAUCAUAGCUCACUGCACCCUCAACCUCCUGGGUUCAAGCAAUCCUCCUGCCUCAGCCUCCUGAACAGCUGGGACCACAGGUGCACGCCACCACACCUGGCUUUUUUUUGUUGUUUUUAGAGACAGGGUCUCACUAUAUUGCUCAGGCUGGUCUUGAACUCCUGGGCUUAAGUGAUCUUCCCACGUGGGCCUCCCAAAAUGCUGGAACUACAAGUGUGAGCCACCGCGCCUGGCCCAAGCCCUCCACAUUUUCAAUCCAGGAGCCUUGAGUCUGUGUUGUGUCCUGACACCUCCAAGUUCUAGGGCCGUCAGGACACAGGGGAGGGUUUGGGGACAGUGUCCUUCCUCUGUCCUCUCACCCCAGUCCUGAUGGCCGCUUGGUGAGUGUCUGGUGCCCUGGUGGCCUGCCCCGGCUCUCUUCUGGCUUUCUGAGCAGGAAGCGAGCAGAGGCUCCACAGGCUUACGCUGCUCUCCUGACAUCCACACGCGACCCUCGGUGCAGAGUGCAGAGGCGGCUCUGGUUCCUCCAGCCACCUCAGUCCCUCUUUGGGAGGUGAUGUUCCCAUUGUUUCUCAAAGGCCUCACCUUCAACUGUCUGUCUUAGAAUUCCCCUCUGGAGGGCUAUGGCCUCCCUACGCUUUCACUUCCCACCACUCUACCUAAGUUCCUUCCCGGCACAUCGCCAGCCCUGGGCCUGGGGAUGUCCCCAAUGCUGUACCUGGCUGACCCUGGAUUAAAAGCCUCAUCCACGA